CAGUUAUGGAUGAUUCUACCGGAGUGAAUGGAUUGAAGUUAUAGACCAUGCAAACUGUUAUCACAUUGUAUUGGUUGCAACUCUGUCUUCUGCUGUUCUGCCUCAACUCCUUACAGCCAUCUUCAGCAUUCAUUCGUCUGCCAUCACUGAAAAGUUGGCGGAAUGAAUUUGCAACGACGAAACAGGCAGAGAGGCAGGUUGCCAUAGUCUCAGUCGCCUUGCGAAGUCCAAUAUUGCUAUCACCAGUCAUCUCAGACACACCUUCUUCUUUUCACCGCCAUGGAAGGAGCGGCGGUGUGCGGUUAAGCAUGACAUGGUCUCUGGAUAGAGAUGGGAUCCCCGAACUGCUCUACAGGGCAAAGAACGAGACCAAAAUCUCCGAUGAAAUCUUCGCAAUGACAGGUGAAAGGCACGGGAUUGUCAAAGACCUUGGCCUUUACAAUGGGACUCGUCUUGUAAUCAAGAACAACGGAAAUGGUCCUGUGCUGAGCUAUGGAAAGUCACUGUUUAUCAUCCCAGAGAGUUGGCGUGACAGGACGGAAGGAUGCUCGCGAGAUUAUCUGAUCAAUUGGAUGGAGAAGAAAAUCUCUUCCUGUCGUUCAGUGCGGAUCUCCGGCCUUCCUGCCAACCUUGACAUCGACGAUUUUGCUGAGAGACUGAGUAAGGAGUUUGACAUUGGAGAUCGAGAGCGUUCCUUGCAUGCUGUUCGAAACAAUGCUGGGGUAUUCACGGGGAUCCUGCUGGUAGAGACGAAGGAUGCAUCUUGUGCCGAUCGGCUUUGCGCGUCUCUGGACAAGACGUUUGUUCAAGGGCGGAUCGUCAACGCCCACAAGCACUAUCACUUGUCGAGGAGGAAGACAUCGAGAGAGGUCGCUAUCGAACUGGAAGAAGGGUUCAGCAUGUUGCGACCGGAUGUCUCACGUCGAGGGUUUUUGCUUGACCAAUUUCAGUCAAACGCACAAGUCGAUCAAAUCCUCGACGCUGCUGACGUCUCUGCCAAGACUGUUUGCAAGAUCAUCAGUGACUUCGGGAAGAGGAAGAACAUAGGCAAGGCCAUGGCAGUGUUCAUUUGGAUUGAGAGAAGUAAGUUGGAUCCGAACCUCUUCCACUUCAACGCCAUCAUCAGCGCAUGUGAAAAGUCAGGGUACUGGUACACUGCGCUCCUCCUCCUCGCCGAAGUCCGCACCAGGAGAAUUCGACCAGAUACCAUCACAUACAGCACGCUGAUCAGCGCAUGCGGGAAGGGGAAGCGAAGUGAUCUGGCACUGCAGCUCUUUGAGGAAAUGAAGAAGAACAGCUUGAUGUCAGCAUAUGCCACAGCCGGCAACAUCCACAAGACGCGAGAGGUUUUUGACAGUUGCAAGGAGAAAUCUCCUGCUCUCCUCCUAGCAUUCUACCACGAGCUCAUACGAUCCUGUCACAACGAGGGCGACUACAAAACAGCCAUCUCCUACUUAGAACAAUUCGAGCGAGAGGGCGGCAAACCCAUUGAGUACACCUAUACUCUUCUCGCCUCCGUCUGCAACCAGGCUAACCGACCAGAUCUAGCCGACAAGAAGUAUCCAAGAUGA